AACUCCAGAGCAACCCUGUUCUAAUGUGGGACUUCCAUCAUCAAUGCACAAUCUUCCAGGGGGCAAGGAGCUGCACUUCUGCACACCUUUGAGCAGCAGUAUGAUGCAGGCAGGAGUCUGUCUGAGACAGGACACUGAGACAACACUACCAGAGCUCACUGAGCAGCACAGGAUCAGACUGAAAGAAGAGGAACUCAGUGGACUGGAGUCAGAGACAGAGACAGAGUGUGCUGCACCAGGACUCAACACACUGGAGCCAGAGUGUGUUACAGCACACAGCAGGGUCAGUGAUGGACACCACACACACACAUCAGUGAUAAAAACAGAAGCGGAUCUGGGCUCCGCCCACACUGGGGAUCUUAUUAAGACGGAGAGCCUAGACUUUACAGAGCUGGGAUAUGUCACCCAUCUGCAUCCUGACCAAAUGAAAACAGAGACUGAGGUUGGAGGAUACCAUCAGACAGAACAGAUCAGUGACUCGGAGGAUUUUAAAUCUGAUAAAAUGAAGUGUGAAUCCAGUGAAAGUUUAGUGAGUGAUCUCAUGAACACUGUGAUGGAUAGAGCUGGUGUUGAUCUCAAAGAACAGGUUGAACCAUGGCAAUGUGUAGGAGAGACAAACCCAAACUGUGUAAAGGAAGGAAUUGAUCAAAUGGCGACUCAGCGUGGGGACUUAAAUGAUCAUGUUGACAUGAAAAAUGAGAAUAGUCAGACCAAAAAUCUCCAGAAAAGUACAAAACGCUGCAACAAGCAUGAGCAUUGUCCGGGAGUAAAUGUGAAAAUUGAAAAGUGUUUUUCCAAAGUAUCAAAUUUAAAUAUCCACCAGCGAAUUCAUACAGGUGAAAAGCCAUACAAAUGUAUUGACUGUGGGAAGUGGUUUGGGCAGAAAGGUCAUUUAAAUGUCCACCAGAGAAUUCAUACAGGUGAAAAGCCCUACAAAUGUAUUGACUGUGGGAAGUGCUUUUGGCAGAAAUGGAAUUUAAAUGUCCACCAGAUAAUUCAUACAGGUGAAAAGCCCUAUAAAUGUCCUCAGUGUAAAAAGUGUUUUAGCAAAAUGUCACAUUUAAAUAACCAUCUGCUAAUUCAUACAGGUGAAAAGCCCUACAAAUGUACUGACUGUGGGAAGUGGUUUCGGCAGAAAUGGAAAUUAAAUGCCCACCAGAGAAUUCAUACAGUUGAAAAUCCCUACACAUGUCCUCAAUGUGGGAAGUGCUUUUUCUAUCUAUCAACUUUAAAUCGCCACCUGCAAAUACAUACAGAUGAAAAGCCCUACAAAUGUACUGACUGUGGAAAGUGUUUCUUUAAAGUAUCAAAUUUAAAUGCCCACCAGAAAAUUCAUACAGGUGAAAAGCCAUACAAAUGUCCUAAUUGUGGGAAGUGCUUUUACCAGAAAUCAUAUUUAAAUCGCCACCAGAAAAUUCAUACAAAUGAAAAACCACACAAGUGUACCCAGUGUGACAAGUGUUUUCAUGCUAAAUCUGAUUUAAAAGCACACCUGAGAAUUCAUACAGGUGAAAAGCCCUACAAGUGUUCUCAAUGUGAGAAGUGCUUUUUCAAUGUAUCAGCUUUAAAUCGCCACCUGCAAAUACAUACAGAUGAAAAGCCCUACAAAUGUCCUCACUGUGGGAAGUGUUUUUUUAAAGUAUCAAAUUCAAAUGUCCACCAGAGAAUUCAUACAGGUGAAAAGCCAUACAAAUGUCCUAAAUGUGGGAGUGCUUUACCAGAAAUAUCAUUUCUGCUAUAAUCGCUGCCAUAGUAUUCGAAAAGCCAUGCAUCUGCACAAAGUGUGAGAAGUGAUUUUAUAAAAUGUCUGAUUUAAAUAGCCACCCAAUAAUUCAUACUGGUGAAAAGCCUGACCAAUGUCCUCAGUGUAGGAAGUAUUUUUCCAAUAUCAUUCAUUCAUUCAUUCAUUAUCCUAACCUGCUUAUCCUGAACAGGGUCACAGGGGAGCUGGAGCCUAUCCCAGCAUUCAUUGGGCAAAAGGCAGGAAUACACCCUGGACAGUUCCCCAGUCCAUCGCAGGGCACACACACAAUUCACUCACACCCUCAUACCGAUGGGCAAUUUAGACUCUCCAAUCAGCCUAACCUGCAUGUCUUUGGACUGUGGGAGGAAACCGGAGUACCCGGAGGAAACCCACGCAGACACGGGGAGAACAUGCAAACUCCGCACAGAGAGGCCCCGGCUGACGGGGAUUCGAACCCAGGACCUCCUUGCUGUGAGGCGGCAGUGCUACCCACUGCACCAUCCGUGCCGCCGUAUUUUUCCAAUAUGUCAAAUUUAAAUAUCCCCCUGAGCGUUCAUAGAGGUGAAAAGCCCUAUCAAUGUUCUCGUUGUGGUGAGUGUUUUUGCCAGGUAUGAAAUGUAUAUUCCCAUCAGAGAAUUCAUACAGCUGAAAAGGCUAUAUGAACUUUGUGGAAUUGUCUUUCCCAAAACAAUGCUUUAAUUGUUGUGGCAAGUAUUUUUAAACUGUAAAAUGUGUGUACUCUGUAUUGGAAUGGAAUUUAUAGUAAAACGUAUUUAAGCAUUCAUUCACAAUUCAUUCUCUGAGGGUGAAAUACUUAUCGCUGCAUGAAGCCGGUGUAUAAACAUGCACAAGCACUGCCCAAAAUGCUUUUCAUGCAUUUAAUUUGAGUUCACCCAUAGGACUUCUGAGCUUUCAUUAGACUUGAGAUGUCUGAUGAAAAUAAACGCAACAAUGAAUUGAUGCGUUUGUAAGUAUGCGCGUUUAUGUUACAGAAUUGUGCAGGGCGAGCAGACUGGAAUCCACUGGUGGUUAGAGUCGCCGCUAGUUAAAUAGCUAGCUGAAUAGCCUGUGUGGAAAGCGGCUAACAAAGUUGUUGUUUUGCAAAUGAUAUUAGACCCCGGUCUCUUAGCCCAUUGCUCAUUCAUAAUGAGAAUGGGGCAUAGAUAUUUUUUGUACGUAAACACAGCAGCGACAAAUUCUGUAUAGUCUGCCUGUAAGAGUGAUCUAAAGAGCUACUGACCAUUGUCUUUGGAAAACCCACGUGAUGGUAAGAGUGAUGGUAAGAGGUAUUUAAAGAGGUUCUUGGUGUCACAAGGCUUUUGGGAAACCCACCCCUGUCCCUUUUCAGUUCUUUUCACUUCUGAUGUAGAGGCUGAUGUGUCUGUCAGCUAAAGCUGAUCUUUAGACAGUAUGUUUUAUCUGAGAUGUCAGUUUGCGUCUUUGUUUCACUCGUGUAGAUGAAUUGUGUGAGUGUACACGGACCUUUAUGCCGCAUACAUUUCUGAAUAAACUCUUAUGUCCUUCACUGUGCCAUAGCCUCAUCCUUCACUGCCCCUGUUUAUGAUUGUUGUUUAAUUCUUGUUACAUGAAACUUGAAAUAGCCCAAACUAAGUCCUGAGUAAACGGAGUGAAUACGCAUGUACGUGUGAUAUUUCAGUUUUUUAUUUUUAAUACAUUUGCCAAAAUAAUAAUAAACUAAUAAACCUUUUAA